GAGAGGAAGCUCAAAAGAGGUGAAAAAGAGAAGGAACCAGUUGAGUGACAGAUAAACUGCAAAAAGACUUUUAGACAACAGAACAACCACGACACACAGAACAACCCAAAUACCAAGACACUGCAGAGAGACAAAGACUCCUUGACAGAAAGCUUCCGAACUGAGGAUGCUGGAGAACAUCACAGGCGACGUGCAGAAUGACACCUUCUCCUGCUACCACCCCUCGGUGGAGGCCUACCGCUACUUCGGCGUGCUGUGGGGUUCGGUUGUGACCAUAGUUGGGACGGUGGGGAACAUGCUGACCAUUCUGGCCUUCGCCACGGACACCCGGCUGCGGACACGUUUCAACGUGCUGAUUGUGAACCUGGCCCUGGCGGACCUGCUGUACUGCACCCUGCUGCAGCCCGUCUCUGUCGACUCCUACCUACACCUCCGCUGGAGGGGCGGCCCUCUCUGGUGCAGCGUCUUCGGCCUCCUCCUUUUCCUCUCCAACUCUGUCUCUAUCAUCACCCUGUGUCUGAUCGCAGCCAGCAGGUACCUGCUGGUAACGAGGCGGGAUGUGUUUGAGCGGGUGUUUGCUGGGCGAGGUCUGGCCAUCCUCCUGCCCUCCACCUGGGCCCUGGGCCUGGCCAGCUUCGGCCCGCUCUGGCCCGUUUACGUAUUCGCCCCGCAGGUGUGCACCUGCAGCUUCCACCGCACCAGGGGGCGCCCUUACACCACCGUGCUACUCUUCUUCUACUUCUUCAUCGGCCUGGGCUGCGUGGGGCUUUUCUACCUGCUCAUCUACAGGCGAGUCAGGGUGGCGGCACAGGCGCUGGUCCGCUACCGGUUUAGCCGACGCUCGUCACGAAAGAAGCCGAACUCAUCAGAACAAGGGACGGAGGGGGAUAGUGGAGUCGGGAGCGGGGUGGCCACCACCCAGAGCUGUGAAUUGAGCAGCCAGGGGGAACUGGGUGGCGAGGUGAAGGUGCACCCUGGGAAAGCCCAGUCCUCCCACUCCACCUUGGGCUCUGCUUUUACUUCGCAUUCAGCUCACCUAGCAGGGGGACAGGACCUCCCCCCUGCCCUUAACCCUGUGCCCCACUCGGCCACUCCUGCCCCCACCUGCUCCACCACCACCACCUCUUCAGGGGACAAUGUUGAGUUUAGACGUGUGACCCGGAUGUGUUUCACUGUCUUCCUGUGUUUUGUGGGCUGUUUUGUCCCGUUCCUGCUGCUGAACAUUGCUGAUAAGCAGAACCGCGCCCCCCAGGUGCUCCACAUGUUCUGUGCCAAUCUCACCUGGCUCAACAGCUGUAUUAACCCUGUGCUCUACGCUGUAAUGAACCGCCAGUUUGGACAGGCCUACCGGGCCCUUCUGGUAAGGGCCGCCACACCCUUUACACACCUCUGGACACGGUGACCUUUACAUUUUGGUUGUUUAGCAGAUGCAAUUAUUCAGACUGACUUUAGUCAGUGCAUUCAAUAAAGGUACAUAAGGCAACCACACAUUGGUAAUUAUCACUGGCAUUGGUAUGGAAGGAGCUACUUCCUCCUUUAUAACUUCCUCUCCUUCUUCCUGAAUAUCACAUUUAGUCACCGAGCAAGGGAAAAAUCAGCCAUUCUGUGAUUUUUGGAAAGGGCUAAUUUAUUUUGGGCUAAGAUUAUGCUUGCUUUUCUUUCAGUUACAAACAGAUUGUAACAACAAGAUUGUGAAUGAUGAGAGAAAGUUAGAGGGACAAAGAUCAUACACCCCCAAAAUCUCUCCCAUUAUUGGUAAAUGGUGAGAGGUUAGUAUGUUUUGUUGUAGCCUCUAACUUUCUCACUCAUCAUUAUUCAUGAUUGAUUCAUGAUUUUUCCUAAUCAUGGCAACAUCAGGAUUGAAUUAGAAAUGUUCAGAAACAUCUUUAAAAAAUUACUCCAUUCAUCAUUAAGUUCCUAUUGGGCAAAACAUAACCCAAAACAAACUGCAAAUGCAUCCAAAGAGUUUGUAGAGUCACAAGCUUGAUGUAGUCAUUGUGUGCUAAGAAUAUGGGACCAAAUACAAAAUUAACAACUUUGGUACAUUAUAAGUGAUAUUUGUCCAAAUAUUCAUGAGAUCUUCAAAUGGGUGGACUAGAUCUAUAAAGUGCUUUAAUUUCUAAACAGUAAUUCAGAUAUGUAUGAAAAUAAAUACCCUCAAAUAAA